CAUGGCUCCUUAAUGAUGACUAUGUGCUGCAGGCCUCGUGUGUGUGCAAGUCGCUGUUGUGUUGGAUGGACUUUCUCACCUGGGACCUGGCGGUGCAACAAGCCCCGGUGUAUUUUCCGUUGUCAUGGCGCCUCAUUUUGCCACCAGUCCAACCGCUGUGUGUGUCCACGCGGUUUCCAUGGUUACCGCUGUGAGUCCUCCUCGCUGACAGGCGGCCCUCUGGAGCCGGCCUCCCGAAAUACUAGGGUCAUCGGCGCUCCCCCUGGUCACGUUGCUACGACAACAACCGCCAGACCCGGACCAGGAGCUUCAGACCCGAAUCCACCGGAGACCUUCAAUGUCCAAGAGGACACAGAGAUCCUAAAUACUGGAGAAGAGAAAGGAGACUCCUCCGCAACGUCUCCUCAGGCAGGACAGAGAGCCGAGAGGACGGAGACGCAGGACUCCAACAACCUCCAGGAGAAGGAGGAGGAGAUCAGAGCCGGGCCUACCGGGCUCAAAACAGAUCCUUCCCCGUCUCAGACUGCGUCUCCACACCUAAGACAGACGUCUCCUCCAGAAGACCAAAGAGUCCUUCGACAGGAGACAUCAACGUCCUCUAGGAUCCCAAAUCCAGAGUCUAGGUCGGGGACGAGGGAGCAGAAGAGUGAGGAUGUUGCUGGGACACCAGAGAAGAAGAAGAAGACCAGAGGAGCAGAGACGCAGUCGCUGAGUCUAAGGGAGGCCCAGGCUGUGAUGCUGAGGAAGACUGUGUCCCUGAGAGGAAGAGGAGACAAGAUGGCCGCCCUGCUGAUGAAGCACAUCGAGAAGGAGAGGAAAAAGGUUCUGACCGUGACCUCAUCUCCUGACUCCACCUCCUCUUCCUCCUCAUCUUCUACAGGAGGAACCAGCGCAAAGACUUUCUACACUAAGAAGGGCCGAUACAGCCUCCGUGUUGCUGCUGCUGGGGCUGAAGGACAGACGGUGUCGGGAGGCAGAGGUGUGGAGAGGCUUCAGGUGAUGUUCACGCCCACCGUCUGCAAGGUGCGCUGCAGCCAGGGCCGAUGUGUCAACUACUGCCAGCAUGGAAACGUGACCACUCUGUACAGCGGCAUCGAGGGAGGAGGAGGAGGAGGAGGAAGGAGAGAAAGCUCCCACGGACCUGGCUUCAGAGUGUUCCUCUGCCCUAUGCUCUGUAAGAACGGAGGCGUCUGUCUGCAGAAGGACCGAUGUCUCUGCCCGCAAGGCUUCAGCGGGAAGUUCUGCCAGGUCCCCAUCGCCUCCUCCUCCACCAACGACAUCGUCAAGCCGGCGCUGCUCACCGCCAUGGAGGCCAAUCAGGAGCUGACACAUUCAGAGUUCCUUCUACCGCUGAGACCCAGCCAGGAGACCGGUGUCUCUGGAGCUCCUGGGCCGUCCAUGAUGCAGGUCAGAGCACAGCACCCCCCCCAGACCAGAGCGAUCCUCCACCAGGUGCAAACGGUGUCCCGGUCCAGCCCCGCCCUGCGGACGCUCUCCUCCGGGUCGGCGGGCGCCCCGGCUCCAGCGGGGGUCCAGGCCCAGACGGUAAGGGGGGGCGGCACCAUCAGCCAGCAGGCCGGCUUCAAGUACUGCUUCAGAGAGGUGAAAGAGGGGCAGUGCAGCUCUCCUCUGCCCGGUCUGCGGAGCAAGGACAUCUGCUGCCAAGGCAUCGGGAAGGCCUGGGGUACUACAGAGUGUGUACUCUGCCCUGAUACUACAGGUCAAAGCAACAGCAGCUGCCCGGCUGGUUUUGAGCGAGCCAAUGGAACGCAGUGUGUAGAUGUGAAUGAGUGCCUCCAGCCCGGGUUGUGUGAAAACGGGAUCUGUGUGAACACCAGAGGGCGCUAUAGCUGUGUGUGUAGAACGGGGUUCAUCCUUGACGCCUCACAUGGAAUCUGCAUCUCCCAGAGUGUGAUCUCGGAGGAGAAGGGUCAGUGUCACCGGCUCCUGGGCCCGGGUCGCGGUCCGACCUCGUGCUCGCUGCCCAUCCUCCGCAGCAUCACCAAGCAGAUCUGCUGCUGCAGCCGGGUGGGACGGGCCUGGGGGCCGGACUGCCAGAGGUGCCCCCACUUCGGUUCAGUGGCCUUUAAGGAGACCUGUCCAGCCGGUCCCGGGUACCACUACUCGGCUUCGGCCCUGCAGUUCAACCAGAGAGCCACCGAGCAGCUGGGGGCCCGAGGAGCUUCGCUGGUGACCCCUGGUAACCACGGUCCUGGUUCUGGGUCCGGUACCGGCGGGUCCAGUUCCAGUGGAUCCAGUACCAACGGCUCCUCCAGGUCUCAGCAAAGAGGGACAGCCGAUGAAUCAAAAACCAGUUCUGGCGGGACCAGCAGACCUAGUCCAGCUCUGUUCCACCCCCCCCGCCAAGACGACUCUACCUCGACAGCCACCGGGGACAAAGUGCAGUCUGCAGGGAGACCCGUGACCCAGCAGAACGGGCCCCACCUCGCUCGGCCAUUCACACCGGAACCGGGACCUCGGCCCCCAUCCGGCGGUAGUCAAGGUGGGGGCCUGUCCUCCCCCGCGUCCACCAGAGAGGACCCCCUCCCUCCUCCGGCCCGACCCCUCAGCCCAGAGCGCCCUACGACGACCCCCCAGGCCCGAGUCCAGAUGCUGCGAGGUGUGUGUGAGAGCACACCUGGUGUGUGUGGCCCAGGUGUGUGUGUGCAGCAGCCAGGAGGGACUCACACCUGUGUGUGCGAUGAAGGACAUCAGCUCGACUCCCAGCGCACCUUCUGCCGAGAUGUGAACGAGUGUGUGCAGUCGGCAGGUGUGUGUGCUGGGGGAGAGUGUGUGAACACUCUGGGAAGCUUCAAGUGUGUUUGUUCAACCGGAUACAAGAGCAACAGCCAGCAGGCCGGUUGUCAAGACGUGGACGAGUGUGAGGACCCUCUUCAGUGCCCUGGUCAGCAGUGCAUCAACACUCAGGGUUCUUACCGCUGUGUCUCCUGCCGUCAUGGAUACGGACUGCUCAACGGGGUCUGCACAGACGUGGACGAGUGUCAGCAGUCUCCCUGCUCCAGCGGCCGCUGUGAGAACACACCCGGGAGCUACCACUGCGUCUGUCGCCAUGGUUACAGGCUGCAGAACAACACCUGCACAGACGUGGACGAGUGUGUUGCUGUUGGUGUGUGCGAGGCAGAGCGUGUGUGUGUGAACACCGUCGGCUCCUUCAGGUGCGACUGUGCGCCCGGGUAUCAAACCUCUGGCCCGGGGAGGAAGUGCCGAGACGUCAACGAGUGUCUUCAGGAGGACUCGUGCUCCAGAGGAGUCUGUGUGAACUCCCCUGGCUCCUUCUCCUGUUUGUGUCCUCUGGGAUUCUCCCCCAGCGACAACAGAACCUCCUGCAUCGAUGUGGACGAGUGUGUGGAGUCAAGUUUGUGCGUUGACGGGCGCUGUGUGAACACUGAAGGCUCCUUUCAGUGCCAAUGUGAGACCGGCUUCACCUCCAACCCAGAGGGGACCACCUGCCUCGACGUUGACGAGUGCGUCCAAUCCGGCGGCUCGGUGUGCGUGAUGUCCCAGAGAUGUGAGAAUACGAUUGGCUCAUACCGCUGCAUCACUUCCUGUCAGCCGGGUUACCAGGUGACCCGGACCGGCAGCUGUGAGGACCUUAACGAGUGCUCCAAUCAGACGCUGUGUGGACAACACGCCUUCUGUCAGAACGUCGUGGGGACCUUCCUGUGUGUGUGUGACCAGGGCUUCACCUCGGCCGACGGCGGGGGGACCUGUGAGGACGAGGACGAGUGUGUGUCUCGGCCCGAUGUGUGCGGUUCUGCUCGCUGUGAGAACGUUGAGGGCUCCUUCAUGUGUGAGUGCGACCAGCCGGGUCACGAGUUCGAUACCAGCAGCCGGCGGUGCGUCAACGCGGACCAGCAAGCAGAGAGGCUCUCUGGCUCCUCCUCUUUCCAUCUCAGCGUGUUGGGGCCCCCCCCCCUGCUGCCCCCCCUCCCGGCGGCGCGCCCCGGCGAGCUGAGGGAGUGUUACUACAACCUGGCGGAGGCGGGGACCUGCAGCCUGCUGGCCACCAACACCUCCCAGCAGGAGUGCUGCUGCACCGUGGGGGAGGGGUGGGGGCUGGGCUGCCAGUACCACGGCUGCCCCCCCACGGACUCAGUCCACUUCCUGUCUCUGUGUCCCAGUGGGAGGGGAUACGUCACCACGGGACCUGGAGCCUUCAGCUACACAGAUGUGGACGAGUGUAAGCGCUUCCAUCCAGAGGUUUGUAAGAACGGAGUGUGCGUCAACAACAUCCCCGGAUACAGCUGCUACUGCCCCAGUGGAUACGUGUACAACCACACGCUGCUGGAGUGUGUCGAUCACGAUGAGUGUGAGGAGGAGAGCUGUGUGGGCGGAGCCUGCGUGAACACCGUGGGCUCUUAUUACUGCAGCUGUGCUCCUCCUCUGCAGCUGGACGACACACAACGACACUGUGUCAACUCCUCCCACCUCCCUGGGGACGAGAACCUGUCCCUCUGCUGGCAGCACGUCACAGCGGACCUGGUGUGUCAGAGUCCUCUCCUGGGGGCUCAGGUCACCUUCAUGGACUGCUGCUGUCUGUACGGGGAGGGCUGGGGCAUGGAGUGUGCCCUCUGCCCCCCCACCGACUCCGAUGACUACGCUUCCCUCUGCACCUCCUUCCUUCCUCCUCUGUUUCCGGAGAGCUUCUCGGACUCUGGACCAGAACCCGGAGUGAGACCAGGAGGACGAGGAGGAGUCAGAGAGUCAUCUCCUCCCUACUUCCCUCCCUACAGUCCUGACUCCUUCCCUCCUGCUGUGGCCCCUGACUAUGAGGACUACUCCCCAGCAGGGGGCAGCAGCUCGGUCUUCAGAGGGAGGACACCUGUCUCCUAUCAGGGGCCAGACUUCAGGCCCCCGUCCUUCCGCCCUCCCCCCGACCCGCGGGCUGAGAGGGCGUUUGGGGCUCGUCCCCCCCCCCCGUCCCGACCCGACGGGCCUCCCAUCAGCCUGGCACCACUGCCCGGAGCUCCUUACCAGGUGGAGCAGGAGGAGGAGGGGGAGGAGGAGGGAUGGUGGAGGCAGGCCCCCCCUUUCCCCCCCUUCACUGAGAGGAGAGAAGGAGGAGCACCGAGGAGGCUCUAUGAGAGGCGCUAUGAGUCGUACGCGGGCCUGAGUGCAGCAGAGGAUUGUGGGAUACUGCACGGCUGUGAGAACGGAAGGUGUAUUCGCGUUGCUGAGGGUUACACGUGUGACUGUUACCAAGGAUACGGGCUGGACAUGACCUCCAUGACAUGUACAGACCUUAACGAGUGCGAGGCCUCCGUCCCGCUGGACUUCCCCUGUGUGAACGCUCGCUGUGUGAACACAGCUGGUUCGUUCCGAUGCGUCUGCAGGAGAGGCUACGUCAUGUCCCGCAGGCCCAACCACUGCGUGGCUGCCUAAUCACACCAGACCGGACCGGACCGGGUUGAACUGGACUAAGCAACGCUAAAGCAGCUUUAGAACCAGAUCGGACACUUGACCCUGGGCUAAAAUACCGUGCACUAAACUGGGAAUGGCUACACAAACUACACUAGUUACUUCAAUUACACCAGCUGCACUAGUUACACCAACUACACCAACUACAUCAGCUACAUCAGCUACACCAGCUACACAAACUACAUCA